GUAAAAUUACAGUUUAAAUUGCACAAGCCAACAUUAAGGAACUAGAUAUAUUUACACAUAAACUUCUGGAGCGAAGAAUCACAAAGGUCGAUUUUUAUCAAAUAUCAUACAGGAUCUUCAAAAAAAUAAAGAGCAAAAACAAGUUCUGAAUGGAAAUUCCACACCUGGAUACAGAUCCGUCUGUGGCACUGGUGAUGUAUUGGACGGCAGCUGAAAAAGUGAAGGGGCCAGUAUGAAAGAUGUCUCAUAAAGACCAUGUACCAUUAUGGAUCCUCCUACUGGCAUCAAUCAAGGUUUGUUACCAGAUACAUGUAACUAAUACCACAUUAAAUUUUCUUCUUAAAAGGCCUAACAUUAGAGUAUUAAAUUAUCGCCCAAAUGCUGUUAAUCUUACCUGGGAUACAGAGGUAACAUCUGAAAUAGAUGAGUAUGAGAUCUGCUAUAAUUUCUCUUAUCGAUUUCUGGAUAAAACAACUUGGAAGAAGGAGAUAUUGACAGAAAACUACAGAAUUGUUUAUUGUCAUCUACAUCCUGGGUUCAUAGCAUCAGUAUCAACUGCACGUUGUGAACAUUUUUCAAUUGUUUUUGAAGGCAAUACGACUGAAUAUGUUUAUCAUGCCCCACCAGUGUACAUCAGCAAUGUAUCAUGUGCAAUAUAUAAUGUAACCAAUCUAAACUGUACAUGGGAAUGGAGAAAUGAUUCGCCCUCCGAUGCAAUAUAUUCAUUUGCAUUAAGACUAUAUGAUAAAACACUGGCUUGCAAACAGUAUUUGAAAAGGCAUGGGAGAAAUACAGGAUGCCACAUGAAAAAUGUCUUCCCCAAAGAAAGCAAUGAUGAAAUCCCAAAAAUUAGAAUUUGGUUCUUUAAUAAUUUAACUCGCUUCUCAAAAACCUUUCAAACGGGUGUAAUAGAAUUGUUAAAUGCGCCAACCAAUAUUUCUGUAACCUCAGUUAAUGAGAACACAAAACUUGAAUGGCUUUCUCCACCAAGUCUAAAUCCUGUAUCCUCAGAUUGUUUCCAAUAUCAUAUUAGAGUUACAGAGAUGCAGACAAAACAAAUAAUCAAGAAUAUUUCUGAUGUUGAAAACCAUGAAUAUGUAUUUUCUGAUCUGGAAAAAGACAAAAGUUACAGUAUGCAAAUAAGGGCAAAGAAAAUCUACUGUGCCAAAAGCAAAUACUGGGGUGCAUGGAGUCAGCCUGUUUUUAUAGACAAAGACAAAGUAAUCUUUCCAACAUGGAUCAUAAUCUUAAUUAUUGCCGGAACAUCAGUGGUAAUCGUUUUUCUUUUGAUUUACCUGUUUAGAAGAUAUGUGAAGAUACUGAUUCUUGUUGCAAUUCCGGAUCCUUCUGAAAAAUUAAAACUUUCAUUGGCAUCAUCAAGCAAUAUAAAUGCGCAGAGAUGUAUCGCAGUGCACAAUGAACAACCUGUCCCUAUCACAGAAAUUGAGAUAGUCGGCAGUUUGAUGGACAGUCAAGAGUGUCAAGAUUCAAACAGCAAUAUUAUUUAGCAUAAAAAUACCAUAUAAUAGAUGUACAUAAUUACAAUACAAGCAGACAUAUAUAUUUAUAUGGAUAUGUGAUCUCAGAAUGUCUUUUUAGUCGGUUGCUGUAUUAUUAAACUCCAUACAAUGCAUGCAUCUUUCAAAGAAACAGUGCAAUAGAAGUCACGGUCAGUUUGUCUUUCAGCACACUGUAAAUUCAAUAUGAAUCUCGAAGGAUGACCUCAGUGUGGUAUGGUGAAAAUCUUCUUUUAAUAUAAAAUCAGCAUAAAGAAGGGAAAGAUCAAUCUCUUAUGCAUUCUUGUGUUUAUGCUGCUUUACUAAUAAAAGAGUUUCAGAAUACCACAGCACAGCCAUUCUUCAAGUUUUGUAUGUGACUCUAUUGUGAACAAACCAGAUCAGGUACUUGGGUGGAUGUGUUGAGUAGGGAUAAGCUUCGAGUUUCAGCUGUUCGACCAUUUGCCGAUAUUCGAACAUUAUGGGCUGUUCACGCCAAAUUCGAGGGGUGCGUCACUUCCCAUAAUUCACUGCGGCAUCGUAGUGCAUUGCUGACUGAUGAUUGGCCAAGCAUGCACUGAGACCCGCAUUCUUUGGCCAACCACAGCACAGAAAAAACGGAGAGCCAUAAUUGGCCAAAGCCAGGGUGGCUUUGGCCAAUUAUGUCUCAGGGGGUUUAGUGCACA